CAUAGUAGGUUUCGUAAUUUCGCUAUUAACGCAGUCUGUUUGUUUCCAUCGUUUGGUUUGUCGCUCUGCAGCCGCAAAAAUGUCACCAAGAAAAUUCUUCGUCGGGGGAAACUGGAAAAUGAACGGCGAUAAAGAGACACUUGGCGAAAUAAUUAUGACCUUGAACACGGCCAGUCUGAACGAUGAAACAGAGGUGGUGUGUGGAGCACCAUCCAUCUACCUUGAUUAUGUGAGAUCUAAACUGGACCGGAGGAUUGAUGUGGCCGCCCAGAACUGCUAUAAGGUACCCAAAGGAGCCUUCACUGGGGAGAUCAGCCCAGCAAUGAUUAAAGACUGUGGAGUCGAAUGGGUGAUUCUGGGGCAUUCCGAAAGACGUCAUGUUUUUGGCGAGAGUGAUGAGCUGAUUGGUCAGAAAGUGGCUCAUUGCCUAGAGAGUGAUUUGGGCGUGAUUGCCUGCAUUGGGGAGAAACUGGAGGAGAGAGAGGCUGAAACCACUGAGGAUGUGGUGUUUGCACAGACCAAAGUCAUUGCAGACAAUGUGAAGGACUGGGCUCGUGUGGUUCUAGCAUAUGAACCAGUGUGGGCCAUUGGCACUGGCAGAACUGCCACACCUGAUCAGGCCCAGGAGGUUCAUGAGAAACUGAGAGGAUGGCUGAGAGCGAAUGUGUCAGAAGCAGUAGCAGACUCUGUGCGCAUCAUCUAUGGAGGCUCUGUUACUGGGGGAAACUGCAAAGAGCUUGCAGCCCAGGCUGAUGUUGAUGGCUUCCUGGUUGGAGGUGCUUCCCUCAAGCCUGAGUUUGUUGACAUCAUUAAUGCCUGUUCAUAGAGAUAUUCAACCACUUCGAUUGUCCAACUAUUGCUGCCGCUCUGCACAAUCAAUAUUUACCAGCUUCCACUUUUUGUCAUUCCAAAAGGUUUGAAAGAUCUUGUUACAAAAGUGUGUGGUUUUACUGCUUUUACUCACCUACUUGGCAAAUGCUUGUGUUGGUUGGGUUGUUGGACUGGAAUAUGAAAGGGAUAGUUCACCCAAUAAUGAAAAUUCUCUCAUUAUUCACUUACCCUGAUGCCAUCCCAGAUGUGUAUGACUGUCUGUCUUCAGCAGAACACAAAUGAAGAUUUUUA